CUCUAUUGAUAUUUUACAUGUGCCACUAAAAGAACCAGAUACUCCCAUUAUCUUAAUAAUAAAAUAAAUUAAUUUGUAAGCAAGAAUACAAAUUCUACUCAUAAACUCGUACUUCACUACCUUGCCCUAUUUACUAUCCAUAUAUAUAUCAAGUGAUCCCAAACCCCAUAUAAGAAUAUAUGUGUUAUCUCUCUACUUUCUCUCUCUCUCUCUUCAUUUCUCUCUCUUCUUGUUUGAUUUCUUGGUAGCUAGUCUGAGGCAGAUUUGUGUAUACUUAAUUUUGUUCUUCACAUCUUGAUCUGCUUUUAGCACAAAUUCUUUCCUUUUUUUUUUCUCACCUGAUUGAUAUUUCUUUGUGGAGAUUCAUACAUAUAUAGGUAAGGUUAAUUACAUAUAUAAAAAAGGGAAAAAUCGUCUCGAUAUUCGUCGAUCGAUCUGACUAACAAUGUCUGUGGACGCUGCCUCCGAACGUGUUUGUUACGUUCACUGCAACUUCUGCAACACCGUUCUUGCGGUUAGUGUUCCAUGCAGCAGUAUGUUGAGCAAUAUAGUGAGAGUUAGAUGCGGUCACUGCUCAAAUUUGCUGUCUGUUAAUAUGGGAUCUUUGCUUCACUCUCUUCAUCUACAAGAUACUAAUUUCCAGAAACAACCAGCAACGGCGGGCUCGUCUUCAACAACGUGCAAAAGAUUUGGUUCGUUAAUGGAAAUGACGACCACCACUAAACAUCAUGAACAACGACCUACCACGACUACUACUCCAAAAUGCCCUCCACUUAAGAGACAACGUGUUCCAUCAGCAUACAAUCGCUUCAUAAAAGAGGAAAUUCAGAGGAUAAAGGCCAGCAAUCCUGAAAUGCGUCAUCGUGAAGCUUUUAGCACGGCUGCAAAAAACUGGGCACAUUUUCCUGAUAUUAAUAAUUAUGGACUAAAAUUGGGGGCCAACAAACUUGCUAAAUUAGAUCACCAUGCCGAUGCUGCUGGAGGAGAUCGAUCAACCCACCGCUCAUAAAUCUCUUCCCUUCUACUAUAUAUAUAUAUAUAUGAAUUUAAUAUCUUGUUAAACUACCUUCUGGUGUGUGUGUGUGAUUAUUCCCAGUUGAUAGUUGAUGUGAAUUCAAUUAAUUAAUAAUUCAUUGCAUAUUAUAUAUUUAUGCGUGUGUAUAUAUAUUGAGGACCAUGUACGUACAUUGAUUACCAUAACAUAUAGUGCCCUACAUUCAAGGG